GCCUGCUAGCCUGCGGUGCUCAGAGCCGGGGUGGUUGUGGGGGACACAUCUCCAGGCGACAAGGUCCUCAUCCUGGUGGGAAGCCUUGCGAGGAUCCCUGAAAAUAGACACACCCUUAAAGCCCGCCCCUUCUCAGUUGCCAACACUCUACCCCACCCCCACCUUCCUGGUUAAACCAGGAAGUUUGUGACCUCCUCGUUCCUCCAUUCCUCCGGUGGACUGCGCCUGACACCAUGUGGGCUCUUAUCCUCUGGUUCCUGAGUCGCCUCCCUGACAGCGGAGCCCGAUCACAUUCUCUGCUGUACGCGUACUCUGCUGUGAGUAACCCGGGUCCAGGAAUCCCUGCAUUUUUUGCCACUGGCUUCGUAGAUGGCCAGCCCUUCAUCCACUAUGACAGCAUCCACAUGAAGGCAGAGCCCUCUGCUGACUGGCUGAGGGAAAAUCCAAGUUACUUUGCUGAUGAGACUCAGGUCUUCACCAACCGGAUGAAGAUUUUCCAGCUGAGCCUGAAAAACAUAGAGCAAUACUACAACAGCUCGGGGGCCCAGAGCGGGCGAGCAGGCCCCCACACCCUCCAGUUCACGUACGGCUGUGAGAUGCGGGAUGACAGAAGUUCCACAGGACACUGGCAGUACGGCUACGACGGCGGGGACUACCUGACCUUGGAUCUAGACUCCAUGCGGUACAGAGCGGCCACUUUCAUCGCUGACUACACCAUGCGGAAGUGGGAGAACAACGAGUACUGGCUGGAGAGAGAAAAGAGCUACCUGGAGAAGGAGUGCCUCCUGUGGCUCGACAAGUACUUGACCCUGGGAGGAGAGAACUUCAACCGCACUGACCCUCCCCAGAUAAGAGUAACCCGCCAUCCCAAACCUGAAGGAGACAUCACCCUGAGGUGCUGGGCCCUGGGCUUCUACCCAGCUGAGAUCUCCCUGACCUGGCAGCUGGAUGGGGAGGAUCUGAUCCAGGAAAUGGAGUUUGUAGAGACCAGGCCUGCAGGGGACAGAACCUUCCAGAAGUGGGCAGCUGUGGUGGUGCCUUCUGGGGAGGAGCAGAAAUACACAUGCCAUGUGCAGCAUGAGGGGCUGCCUGAGCCCCUGAUCCGGAGAUGGGAGCCCCUUCGGCCCACCACCACAGUGCCCUGGAGUGCCCCCGUGUUCAUCUUUGUUUUCAUGACACUUGCUGUCACCUGCUGCACACUGAAGUUUUUGAAGAAGAUCUACAUUUGCCCUUUGAGGUACAGAACAGAAGAACCUUAUUGAGAUGUUCCCUUAGAGAUGUGAACAAGACUAGACAGAAAAAGCAACAACUUUUCUCCGGAGCUGGAGAAGAUGGCUACAUUUCUGCAAGAAGUAACAUCUUGGGCCACAGAAGCCGACAGCUCUGCUAGGACGUUCCCUUAGGGGAACAGAGCAGAGCUCAGCUGCAGGGGCUGCUGGAGAGGAGACGGACUGCUAUAUCCUGUGGGGAGACCAUCUCCCACUGCACCCCAGCUUCAGGUCGCUGGCUUCCCAGCAAGUUAGGACACCUUUCCCUCCAGGGCUGAGAGUUGCUGGAGAGAGGGCCUGCUUGUUUGUCCUGGCCGCCUGGCUAGCCUAGCCUCAAAAUAACCACACAGAAAUUGUAUUAAUUAAAUCACUGCUUGGCCCAUUAUUUCUAGCCUCUUAUUGGCUAACUUUCACAUCUUGAUUUAACACAUUCCUAUUAACCUGUAUACUGCCACGUGGCAGUGGCUUACCGGGAAAGAUUCGGCAUGUCUGUCUCUGGCGGCUCCCUCCUCCUCCUCCUCCUCCUCCGCCUGUCUUCCUCCCAGCAUUCAGUUCUGUCUUAUCAACUAGGCCAAGGCAGUUUCUUUAUUCAUUAACCAGGGAAAGCAACACACAAACAGAAGGCCCUCCUACACCAGCUGAGCUGUCCUGCUGAGGCUCUAGGUUCAGACUAUCUUUGCAGCCCCGCAGCUGUAACACUCACACUCCCUUACAAGAGCUCUCAGCUUGAGCUGGAGUGGUGGCUCAGAGGUUAAGAGCACUGACUGCCCUUCCAAAGGUCCUGAGUUCAAUUCCCAGCAACCACACGGUGGAUCACUGUAGGCCCAUAUUUCUAUAUGGUGUGGCAGCCAGGCUCUAAAGCCAUAGUCAGUACUGAGGGGGUCACGUAGACCUGCAGACAGGCUGUCGCAACCUAACAAAGGUCAGGAUGUUGUUGCUCCUUUCUUUGUAAUUUGGAGGAUGCCUGAUAGAGAUGCUGAUUCAAGCCUACCUGAAGCUAGCAUAAACAGCAGACAGGUAGUUGUGGACCUGACUGAAAGCCAUUCACCUGGGAGACAGAAUGCUAAUGUAUUUUCCCCUCAGUUAAGUUUUGGUAUAAAGACUGUUUGGAGAAUAAAUGAGAAAAUUCUUCAGAUGUGAA